AUGUAUAGAAGAAGCAGAUUCAAAUUGUUCCAGAUCUUUAUUUAGGUCUCAACAUUUUCAGCCAUAAUCAGCGAGAGCACUCCUCACGAUUUGUCUCUGAAGAUGAUAAAUACAUCCUUGUUUCUUACAUAUCUUUACCUUCUAAUCUACAUCAUACUUUCAUCUGGUGUUAUUUUAUACAACAAGUGGGUUCUUUCUCCGAAAUACUUCAAUUUUCCGUUUCCUAUAACACUUACAAUGAUACAUAUGGGAUUUUCCGGUGCAGUAGCAUUUUUCCUUAUUCGUGUUUUCAAGGUUGUUUCUCCAGUUAAAAUGACAUUCGGCAUAUAUACCACUUGUGUGAUCCCUAUAAGUGCCUUCUUUGCAUCUAGUCUUUGGUUUGGUAACACCGCAUACUUGCACAUAUCUGUGGCUUUCAUUCAGAUGCUUAAAGCCCUGAUGCCAGUAGCAACAUUUUUUGUGGCUGUUCUGUGUGGUACGGAUAAACUAAGAUGGGACGUGUUUUUGAACAUGGUGCUGGUCAGCAUUGGAGUUGUUGUUUCGUCAUAUGGGGAAAUUAAUUUCAAUGUGAUUGGCACAGUUUACCAAGUUACUGGUAUAUUUGCAGAAGCUCUGAGACUGGUAUUAACUCAAGUCCUUAUACAAAAGAAGGGGUUAACAUUAAAUCCCAUCACAAGUUUAUACUACAUUGCUCCGUGCAGUUUGGUAUUUUUAAUGGUCCCUUGGUAUUUUCUGGAGAAGCCUGCUGAAUUGGAAGUGUCUGAAAUUCGGUUAAAUAUGUGGAUAUUCUUUUCAAAUGCAUUUUGUGCACUGUUGUUAAACUUGUCGAUUUUCUUGGUAAUCGGUAGAACAGGGGCAGUGACUGUUAGAGUAGCUGGAGUUCUGAAAGAUUGGAUACUGAUAGCCCUUUCAACAGUGAUAUUUCCAGAAUCUAUGAUAACAGGCCUAAACAUUAUAGGCUAUGCGAUUGCACUUAGCGGGGUAGUAUUGUACAACUAUUUGAAGGUGAAAGAAGUUGGUGCACCGCAGAGUCCUGAAAGUAUUCCUGAGAGGAUUAGUAAGGAGUGGAAGUUAGAAAAGAAGUCAUCUGAUGUGUACAGACCCGAUGAUGAUAGCAGCAGUGGUAGUGAUGAUGAAGAGGCAGCUUUGUCGUCCAGGUUGUCUCAUAUUGGUCGCACACAGCUCCCACCACCAAACUAGUACUACUCCUGCCAAUGCAUAAACACAUACAUACAUACAUACACCUUUGUAGGCAAAUGAAACCAUGUAUAUGUAAAUGCCGCUACAAUGUACAGUAGAACAAAUGGAACCAACAAUAUUCUCUUGUGCCGUGUGUUUGCUCGUAUUCCUUGUUAUUUUUCUUCUACCUUCACAUGCUACAACACUCUGAUACUACUCACCGGACAUACCAUCUCAGAUUUUGUCUAUUCUUUUGUAAUUGUAACGGUAUUAACUGUUGCCAGCUCAGCUGCUCAAUCAAGAGAUCAAACGGUGGUUGUUCCUUU